AUGGGUGCCGGACGCCGCAUGGCCAGAAAACAGGGCCCGCCCGAGGCCCUGUCGGAGGAACACUUUGCCAGGUUGAAGCGCAAGGCCGGUCUGCCUGUCGACACGCCUGUCGAAGCGCCUGGCAACAAGCGACGGAGGACGGGGAAGAAUGCGGUCGCCAAGCCCGCUGGCAAGAAGACGGCGGCACCGGCGGCGAAACAGACGAACGGAAAGAAGCCCGCAAAGGAGACCCAGCCGGCCAAGACCAAUGGCAAGGCCAAGCCCGUGGUGAAGACGAUCAUGCCCGGCCUCGAGGACGACUCGGACGAGGAACUUGACGACGAGUUCGACCUGGACAAUGCAGACUUGUCAGACGACGACGAUGAGGCGCCUGCGACGCUCGGCGACGAUUUUCUGGGCUCCGACUCGGGGUCAUCGGUCUUCGACUCGGACGAGGAGGGCGGCCAAGGGAAGCACGUCUUCUCCGAAGACGAGGACGAGUCGGACGCCGAGGAGAAGCUCACAGCCGCCAACAUUGCCGGCCUGACGAGGAAGCUGGACCGCCAGAUGGCGGAGGAGGCUGCCGCCAACGCUGCUGAGCUGGCUGAGAGCGCCAUGAAGACCAACAUUGAGGGAGACAGGCCGCAUAUCCUGGACGACGACGAGGAGGACGACAUCGCCGGCAAGCCCAACGCCAUGCUGGCGCCCGACCUGCAGCUCCUCCGCACGAGAAUCUCGGAGAACAUCAGAGUGCUCGACGACUUCGCCAACCUGUCCGAGGAGGGCCGGUCACGGUCCGAGUACACGGCGCAGCUCAUCAAGGAUAUCUGCUCCUACUACGGCUACUCCGAGUACCUGGCCGAGAAGCUGUACAACCUCUUCACGCCGCGCGAGGCGUUCGCCUUCUUCGAGGCCAACGAGACGGCGCGCCCCAUCGUCAUCCGCACCAACACGCUGCGGACGCACCGCCGCGACCUCGCGCAGGCGCUCAUCAACCGCGGCGUCACGCUCGAGCCCGUCGGCAAGUGGUCCAAGGUCGGCCUGCAGAUCUUCGAGAGCAACGUGCCGCUCGGCGCCACGCCCGAGUACCUCGCCGGCCACUACAUCCUCCAGGCGGCGUCGUCGUUCCUCCCCUGCAUGGCGCUCGACCCGCAGGAGAACGAGCGCGUGCUCGACAUGGCCGCCGCGCCCGGCGGCAAGACGACGUACCUGGCCGCCAUGAUGAAGAACACGGGCGUCAUCAUCGCCAACGACCCCAACAAGGCCCGUGCCAAGGGUCUCAUCGGCAACAUCCACCGCCUCGGCGCCCGCAACGUCAUCGUCUCCAACUACGACGCCCGCGAGUUCCCCAAGCCCAUGGGCGGCUUCGACCGCGUCCUCCUCGACGCGCCCUGCUCCGGCACGGGCGUCAUCGCAAAGGACCCCAGCGUCAAGACCAACAAGACGGAGAUGGACUUCAUGCAGCUGCCCCACACCCAGAAGCAGCUCCUCCUCGCCGCCAUCGACUCGGUCAACCACUCGUCCAAGUCGGGCGGCUACGUCGUCUACUCGACCUGCUCCGUCACCGUCGAGGAGAACGAGCAGGUCGUCCAGUACGCCCUCAGCCGCCGCCCCAACGUCCGCCUCGUCGACACGGGCAUCUCCUUCGGCCGCGAGGGCUUCACCAGCUUCAUGGGCAAGAAGUUCGACGCCAGCCUCAAGCUCACCCGCCGCUACUACCCGCACACCUACAACGUCGACGGCUUCUACGUCGCAAAGUUCCACAAGAUCGGCCCCACCCCGCCCAAGACCUCGGCCGCCCGCGACAGGGCCGCCGCGGCCGCCGACGACGACGAGGUCAUCGACAAGACGCCCAUCACCGACGACGACAGCGAGGACGGCAGCGGCGCCAAGAAGAAGAAGAACGACGACUUUGGCGGCUGGGACGACGACGAGGACAAGGAGUACAUGGAGAAGGGCAGGAGGAACGCCAUGCGCAGGAGAGGCCUGGAUCCCAGGAGCAACAAGAAGGCGGCCAAGAAGCAGUCCAAAUAG